AUGGGAAAAAAGAAAUUGCUCUAUAAGUCUCUGCCCUCUGAAUCUCAUAGAUCUGGUAGUUUUUCUUGGGCUGAUGCAAAUGAUUCUGAGGAGUUCCUUUUAUCUCAACAUCUUUCUGCUAAAUCUCCAAGAAUCUUGGACUCUAAUCUCUUGAAUUCAGUAUCGGAUUCAGAAAAAGUUACGAUUCCUUUAGUUUCUGUUGAGAAAAUACCUGGUGAAGUCUCUUCAGAUGGACAAAAUGAAUCAAAGAAUGAUAAUACUAACAGAGUUUUUAUGGAUUUUCCACCCUUGGAGUCUGGAAAAGUCUUCAAAAAUUCAGUCCCUGCUAAUAGCAAUGCCAAGAAAAGCUGGGUUAGUUUCUUUUCUGACAAUAGAAAGCUUGGUUGUGGCCUAGAUUUGAAUUUUUUACCCCCUAAUGAAAAAGAUACAGUGAUUUUUGAGGAGGAUGAAUGGUAUGAAGAUGCAUCUAUUUGGGAUUCUGCACUUAUUGGUCAAGUACUGGGGAUAAAUAUCAAGUUUAAAGCUAUGGAAGCUUUUGUUCAAAAAGUUUGGUCACAUUUGGCUUUGCCUAAGAUCUGUAUUCUUAAACUAGGGCUAUUUUUAUACAAAUUCAAAAGCAAAGAAGAUAUGAUGAUUAUUCUGGAAAGUGGACCUUGGUUCUUUGGAUCUAGACCACUUCUUCUUAAACCCUGGUCGAUUGAUGAAGAGAUAGGUAAAAGAAAUGACUGCUUAUAUCCAAUGUGGAUUCAGUUACCAGGUCUGAGAUUAAACCUGUGGAAUGCUAAAUGUAUUAGUAAAAUAGCUAGUCUUAUUGGCAAACCUAUUGCCACUGAUAAGCUAACUGCAAGCAGGCAGAGGCUAGAAUAUGCUAGAGUCCUUGUUGAGGUUAGUAUGCCAUCUCCUCUUCCAGAUCAUAUCUCCAUUCAGGGACCAAAGGGGAAAAAUAUUAUUCAGAAGGCUGUUGAUAAAGGAAAAGAGAUUAUCCAAUAUUCUGGAAAUAAUGGUAACAGUAUCAAUGAUUUCCAGCCUGAAAGGUUUUCUGUGCAUGUUGUGCAUGAUGAGAACCUGAAUGAUCAUAGUAGCAGAAAUGGAGUUGAUAUACAACAAAUAAGCAGCAAGUCGGGUUUACUGCAGGCUGUGCAUGUUGAAGAAUGUGCACAGCAAUCUGAAACUAGUUCAAAGCAAAUAAUUGGUUCUGGAAAAAAUGUUGAUAAUUCUUGGAUACUUGUUCAAGGGUCUAGAGUUAAAAGAAAUGCAUCUCCAUUAUUUUCCAGUUGCUCAGAUAUUGAUCCCUCUGUUAUUGCUCUCCUGGAAACCAAAAUAAAAGAAUCAAAAUUAUCAAAUUCUGCCAAGAGGAUUGCAAAUGACUGGAAAUGGUUGUCAAAUGUUAGAAACUCCUCUAAAGCUAGGAUUCUUAUUCUGUGGGAUCAUAGAAUUCUGGAUACUCAGGUUGUAAAUAUCUCAGACCAGCAAAUUACUUGUGCAAUUAAAUAUCUUGAUGGGAGGCUAGAUUGUGUCAUCUCAUCUGUAUAUGGUUUCAAUCAAACGGAGGGCAGAAAAGAAUUAUGGGCAGAUUUAAUUCAAAUUCAGGAAAUAAUAGGAAAUGUUCCCUGGCUCAUCUGUGGGGACUUUAAUGUAAUGAUUGAUAAAGAUGAUUCAGACCAGCAAAUUACUUGUGCAAUUAAAUCUCUUGAUGGGAGGCUGGAUUGUGUCAUCUCAUCUGUAUAUGGUUUCAAUCAAACGGAGGGCAGAAAAGAAUUAUGGGCAGAUUUAAUUCAAAUUCAGGAAAUAAUAGGAAAUGUUCCCUGGCUCAUCUGUGGGGACUUUAAUGCAAUGAUUGAUAAAGAUGAUAAGCUUGGUGGUGCAGUCUUGUCUGACUCAGAUACUAGGGACUUCAACAAUUGCAUUAAAGACUGUCACCUAAACCAUAUGAAAACUCUAGGCUUCUUUUAUACCUGGAAUAAUAAGCAAGAGGCAGAAGCAAGAGUGUGGAGUAGGCUAGACAGAGCUCUAGUGAAUGAUCAAUGGAUUACUGCUUAUAAUUCAAGUUAUGCAGAAUAUUUGUUACCUCAUUUUUCAGACCAUUCCCCAGGCCUGAUUUCUAUCUAUGAGGAUUGUUUGCAAGGGAAAAAAUCAUUUAAAUUCUUCAAGAUGUGGACCAAACAUGCUGAUUAUCUGCCUACUGUUUCUAAUACCAAACUCAAAAUGCUAAAAGAAGCCUUGAAAGUGCUAAACAAGAGACAUUUCUACAAUAUUAGUGAACAGGUUCAAAGAGCAAAGCUAGUUUUGGAAGAUACUCAGGAAAAACUUCAAAAUAACCCUCUAGACACUAUACUCAUCAGGAGAGAAAAAGAAAACCUUUCUUCUUACAACAAAUUCCUGUUGGGCACUUCUGUUGCUACUUCUCCCCCUGACAGGAACAUUAUCAAAACUGGGCCUUGUCUGACUGAAACUCAAGUCAGGGAUUUAUCUAAACCUGUUUCUAAAGAGGAAAUUAAAGAGGCUAUCUUCUCCAUGUCUGAUAACAAAGCACCAGGGCCUGAUGGAUACAGUGCUUCUUUCUUCAAAACAGCUUGGCCUAUCAUUGGUGAAGAUAUUUUAAAAUCUAUAGGGGAUUUCUUCAGAAAUGGAAAGAUACUGUUCACUAUCAAUUCCACUUCCAUUACCUUGGUUCCUAAGGUACAAUGCCCAAAAACUCCUGCAGAUUUCAGGCCAAUUGCCUGCUGUAAUUGCCUAUACAAAUUCAUCUCUAAAGUCCUAGCUAACAGGAUAAAAUCAGUUAUGGGCUACCUAGUGGAUGAAGCACAAAGUGCUUUUGUCAAAGGCAGACAGAUUUCUAGCAAUAUAUCUCUGGCGCAUGAACUUUUUAAAAGCUAUAAUAGGAAACAUAUAUCACCAAGAGUUAUGCUCAAUAUUGAUAUUAAUAAGGCUUUUGACACUAUCAGCUAG